AUGGAUUCCCAGCAUAACGACACGACCGAAGCCAACCAGGGCGCUACCACUUUUCCAUGGGUACAUAUGCCCCAUAACUUACCUAUCUCCAAUGUACUUGUACGUGCGGCUUUUUACUCAGUGCCGUCACGGAUCCUCCCUAACGACACUGCUAUCCUUUGCGGCCGGCCAAUAAGCCCUUCCAGUCCUUACUACGUUCCCCGCUCAAUCCUCGAGUCCAUAGGUCUUACCAGAUUGGACGCCUACUGGAUCAUCACCCGCCGCCCCAUGCCGGUCCGCAUCCCACUCCCCCAGUAUCCACCAGCCGAGCACACCUACGCCGGAUGCGCCAUGUGCAUGAAGGAGGAUAACCUGAACGCCGCGGCCUUCAUCUGCGGCUUCCAUUUUUGCCUACUGGUCCGCGCGCAAACGCGCGACGACCUCGAGGUCCUGGCCGGUCUGAGUACGCGCGACGUGCAUCAUGGCGGAAUCCGGUACCGGGAUUCGCGCCAUUUGACGUCGACUUUGAAUAGAAUCAUAGACUUGUAUGUUGAUAGUACGCCUGAGUACGAGUCUACGGCGAACCAGGCAGCGGCUAAUGCGGGCGCGUUCGGGGCUAUAGGAGAUGGAAGACCAGCGUACUAG